GAGAAAUGCAGCAGUUUUGUCCGGUUGCUGCGAUCGGCGGCAGAAAGGGAUGAAAGGAAAUCGGUGUUGGGGUCGUGGUUAGGAGAAAGGAGCGGAGAGAUUUCACAGACACCCCGUGUAGGUCGAAAACCCCGAAUAAAGUUCUGCAGAAAUUACCAAGAGGAUGAUUUCAAAUCAGGAUACUGAAACCAAACACUCUGAUCUGAUGGAGUCAUCCAAUUUAUCACAUUUGGAAUAUCAACAGAUUUUAAACAUGGAAGAAGACAACACCAUCUACAGUGGGGAGAACAGAUACACAUGUUCAGUGUGCAGAAAAGGCUUCAGCCAAGCAACUGGCCUCAAGAACCACAAAUGCAGUCACACUGGAGAGAAACCAUGGAAAUGCGGGGACUGUGAAAAAGGAUUCAGUUGCCGCUCUGCGCUGAGAAUUCAUCAACGUGUUCAUACAGGGGAGAAGCCGUUCACUUGCUCCCUUUGUGGGAGAGGAUUCACUCAGUUAUCCACCCUAUUGAAACAUCAGCGAGUUCACACUGAGGAGAGACCUUUUAAAUGUCCAGACUGUGGGAAGUACUUUAAAAGUUCCAGUGAUCUGAAAACCCAUCAGCGUGUUCACACUGAGGAGAGACCUUUUAAAUGUCCAAACUGUGGGAAGUGCUAUAAAAGUUCUAGUGAGCUGAUGUCUCAUCGACGGGUUCACACUGAGGAGAGACGGUUCAAGUGCUCUGACUGCGGAGCUGGCUUCAAGUGGUCGUCUCAACUCAUUGUUCACCAGCGCAUUCAUACUGGGGAGAGGCCAUUCACCUGCUCUGAAUGUGGAAUUGGAUUCACUCAGUCGUCCCACCUCAAGUCACACCAGCAGGUUCAUACUGAGGAGAGGCCUUUUAAAUGUACAGACUGUGGGAAAUACUUUAAAAGUUCUCAUUAUCUGCAGUCGCAUCAACGUGUUCACACUGAUGAGAGACCUUUUAAAUGUUCAGAGUGUGGGAAGUGCUUUAAAUGUUCCAGGGAGCUGAUCAUUCAUCACCGUGUUCACACUGACGAGAGACCGUUCAGGUGUUCUCACUGUGGAAAUGGGUUCAAGAGAUCAUCUCAACUCACUCUACACCAGCGUCUUCACACUGGGGAGAGGUCAUUCAUCUGCUCUGAAUGUGGACAGGUAUUCAUUAGGUUCUCCAUUCUGUUGAAGCACCAGCGUGAUCAUUCUGGGGAGAGGCCAUUCACCUGCACUGAGUGUGGGAAAGAAUUUUGUAAGUCAUCCCAGUUCAAGGCACACCAGCAAGUUCACACUGAAGAGAAACCUUUCAAAUGUCCAGACUGUGGGAGAAGUUAUAAAAGUUCCUUGGAGCUGCAGUUACAUCAGCCUGUUCACACUAACGAUAAGCCAUUCAGGUGCUCUCAGUGUGGGACUGGGUUCAAGUGGUCAUCUCGUCUCACUGUACAUCAGCGCACUCAUACCGGAGAAAGACCGUUCACCUGCUCUGAGUGUGGAAAGGGAUUCACUCAGAAAAUCCACCUGCUGACACAUCAGCGAGUUCACACAGGGGAGAGACCUUUUAAAUGUACAAAUUGUGGGAAGUGCUAUGCAAGAUCCUGGGAUUUGAUACGCCAUCAACGUGUUCACUCUGAGAGGCCUUUUAAAUGUCCAGACUGACAAAGUUCUGGGAACUGAGGCUGCAUCAAUAGUGUUCACACAGAUGAGAGACCAUUCAGAUGCAUUCAUUGUUUGAUUGGGUUCAGAUGAUCAUCUCAACUCACUGUACACCAGCAAGUUCACACUGGAGAAGCCAUUCAUCUGCACUGAAUGUGAGAAAGGAUUCUGUCAAAAGUCCCACCACGUGGCACACCUGUGGAGUCAGCAACGAGUCCAUGGGUGACUUCAGGAGCUGUAAUGUGUUGUUAAUUACGUUCAGUCACAAAUAUGUUAACACAUCCAGCCCAGCUUUAGGUAAUAACACUAUGGAUAAAGAUAAAUAUUUGGAUUUUGAAUUGUA